AUGCCGAAAAACCCUUCUUCUUCCAGGGUUUUACCGAAGAAUAAAUCCUCGAAAUUGGGCGUCAAUGGCGCUCGAAAGAAGAAACCAGCGAGGAGGUCUCGUUCAAUGGCGGAAAAGGAAAUCGAAGUGAUUGAGAUAGACGACUCUUACCCUUCUCCCGAUCGAAAGGUCACGCCUUUGAGACCCAUUUACUGUCUGAGGAACAGGGACCAGAUAAAGAUGGCCGAGGCAAACGAGGAGUGUUUCAUCCUCGAGUUCGAUCCGUACGAUGAUAUGCAGAGGUUGAGGUCUCCAUUGAUGGAGGACUGUGAUGAUGCCGAGGUCGAUUUGCAGGUGGUUGCUGAAAAGGGGCAGGUAGCAUGCCGAGAUUAUCCUCAUCCACGGCACACAUGUGCAAAAUAUCCUUUCCAGAAGACUCCUCAUGACAGUCACUGUGAAUUGUGUUUCUGUUUUGUUUGCGAUUUAUCUGCCCCAUGUUCGAAGUGGGUCGGAUCAACUGGCCAUUGCCAUGCGUUUAACAAUGAGGCUUGGGACCAAGAAAAGAAAGCUAGGAAAAAAGGAAUGAAAGAGUGUAAAAAAACGUGA